AUGAAUCUAGUUUAUAAUAACCCUGAAUAUGUAUUUUCGCCACUUUUUCGCCGGUGUCCUUUUGGAAGUCCUGCUGAUAGCUCUGAAGCAGGGCGAAAAUGGAACUAUGAACCUAAAUCGCUCACAAGCUACACUUCGGACCCUAGCAAAAUAAAGAUAGUGACCAAAAUUAAUCGCGUAAGACGAGGAGAUUAUGCAAUAUCUGCAAAAGUAGAAUGGAAAUACGCUGCAAAUGCUUUGACCAUGGUGGAGGCAAUUGUGUACAGAAGCUCAUCGGGAGCUAAGGCCGAUUACAAACUCCUGCCAUGGUCAGUGCCAAGGCAGCCAUUUUAUGAGUACCUCGACAACUACUACAAGGAUGUGGUCAUGAAGAUAUUUAGCCACUGUUCCAAUCUACCCCAAUUCCAGGGCAAAUUCCAACCACCUUGGCCAUCCAAGACUUAUGUGGUAGAUAAAUGCGUUUUUGAUGAUGCCGAUGGAUUGCCGGAAAUUGCCCCACCCGGAUUCUACAAGAUCAUUUUUAAUUUUAGCGGACCACAUCAGCCCUCAUGGGGAAUUGUUGCAGUUCUUAAAAUAACCCCGAAAUUGUUUUAA